AUGAUUCUCUAUCAAUUUUGCUUUAGAGUUUAUUUAAGGGUGAUACGACUUCACCCUGCAGCUCCGAACCUUCUUUCACUCAUUCUCUUAUAAUGACCAAUUCCUCCAUUGAACAAGAAGUUACCAACGUUAUCAACAGUAUAGACGGAGAACUUCGAAAGAUAUCUCUAAAGAUUCAUGAUAACCCGGAGCAGUCAUAUGAAGAAGUCAAGGCACACUCUCUGUUGACCGACUACCUGGAGCAGAAGGGAUUCAUUGUCACCCGCCAUGCCAGUGGAUUGGAAACUGGAUUUUUUGCCGAAUACAGUAAUGGCCCUGGUCGACGAGUUGGCUUUUGUUCAGAAUACGAUGCCUUACCUGGCGUUGGGCAUGCUUGUGGACAUAAUCUUAUUGCUAUUGCUGGACUGGCUUGCGCAAUUGCCACGAGAAAUCUCCUUGAGAGAAAUCUACUUCAAGGUAGCGUUGUUCUGUUCGGAACUCCCGCUGAAGAGAAAGGUUCUGGCAAGAUCAGAAUGGUCAACAACAACGAUAUCCAAAGUAGAGUGGAUUUUUGUAUGAUGUUGCAUCCUUUCCCUUCUGAAGGAGUGUACGGGACUAUGCUUGCUCUAGACUCGGUCAAUGUCGAAUACUUUGGAAAGCCGUCGCAUGCUGCAGGCGCUCCUUUCAAUGGACGAAAUGCUGUUGAUGCACUCAUGCAAGCUUACAACAAUAUUGCGAUGUUGAGACAGCAGACAUUGCCUACUAACAGACUUCAUGGGAUUGUUACAAAUGGUGGUAACGCACCGAAUAUCAUUCCCGAAUAUGCAUCCGGAUUUUUCUACGCACGCUCUGUGACUCGCGAACAACUCAAGACCUUGCAGGCGAAGGUCAAUGACUGCUUUGAAGCCGCUGCUGUCGCAACAGAGACCAAGGUCAAGUACCAGUGGGGACAGGAAGGAAUAGUGGAAGAUGUAUUCCAAAACGACACACUGGCUGCAAAUUUUAUACAUUUCAUGGAGAACGAAGGGAUCAAAUAUGAAUCUAAAGAGUGGCAAGAAAAACAAGCUAGUGGUAGUACUGAUUUCGGCAAUAUCAGUUAUGUUGUUCCUGGGCUUCAUCCGGGAUUCAAGAUUGUUACCGACGGACCUAACCACUCUCACGAAUUCACUACUGCCGCUAGAACUGAAGACUCACAUAGGAGAACUCUGCGAGCCGCCAAAUGCUUGACCCUAACUGCCGUCAAAGUUAUGACUGACGAUAAACUUUUUGAAAAAGUUGUAGCAGAUUUUGAGAAGGGAAAGCAGGAAUAAAUUAAGAAAAUAAAUUGACAGUACUUCUCAUGAACGGAAGGUCUACUCAGAAUUUUGUUUCUUCGUGACUGGCUCAUUGCCCACCAAUUUUGUCCUGUUGGUUCGGCGGCC